AUGCAGAUGGCGAACUUCAAUUACCACUCUCUUCCUGGAUUCGGUGAGCAGUGCCGCAAGGAAUAUGGCUUCAGUGAUUCCUGCAUCAUAGGCGAUCGUAUGUUUGUUACAGGUCAAACCGGGAUGGAUCCAUUGACCCUGAAAACGUCUUUGGAUUUUGAUGAAGAAGCUGCUCAGGCAUUCCAAAAUGUCAACGAUCUCAUCGUACAAACGUUCAAUGACGCUAAAUCUUCUGUCAGAAUUGGCCAAGAUGGAGGCUGGGGUCAUGUUGUGAAGAUUCGAGCCUUCAUUGUUGGCCUCUCGAGUAUCCGAGAACAGGCUAGAGAGCAAAUGGUGCACAAUAUCAAAAAGUGGUGCCCGAACCAUCAGCCGUUGUUUACCAUGGUCGGCGUCGAAAGUUUGCCAUUCCCAGAGCAUCAUAUUGAGAUAGAAGUCGACAUUUGGCUGAAAGAGCGCGCUUCUACACUAUGA